UAACAGAAAUUUUAAGAAAAAGUUGUUUGAUCUUUUCACUUUUAUACUUGAGAAAUGUUGAAGCGUGAAGAAACUUAGAUAAGUUUCACGACUUUUUAGGAAAUUUAAUAAAAGGUGCAACAGUUCAAUAUAGUGACCGGUGAGUAAAAAAUUCAAAUUACUAAAAGCAGUGUUUUCUUAAAGUUGGGGAUGAUUUGAGUUCAAAACUUUUAUGCUAGAAACUUGAAUCAGACGAUUAUGCUUUGCAUUUGCGGACCAACCCUUAACUUAACUCGCUAAGCUAAAAGUCUGUCGCGCUAGCAAGUUGAUGUUCACACCAGUAAGUUAGUGAUUCCAAGACACACAGGAGAAAAGCCAAAGGAAAUUUUAUUUUAGCCUAAUAAAAUUCUAAAAGGUGAUAAAGACGUACAAUGAGAAAAGAAGGAUUAGGCUGGUACACGCUUUUCUUUUUAUCAACGAUAUGAGGAUCUAAUCUUUCAAAAAACAAAGAAGACUGGUAAGCAACAACCAGCCUGAAGUAGGUUAAAGACGAAGGACACACAAUAAAGAUAAUAGAAACAAUAAUAGUGCUCGAUAUUUUUCUGGUUCGAAAAGUCAUAGGACGUCACAUCCGGCGACAAACGUGAUAAAAACCGACGUUUGAUUUCUAUUUGCACAUCUGUCCAACUGAGCAAGCAAACACGUAAAUUUGAAUUUCAUAAAUAGAUAAUCAACAAGCAAUUAAUAAACAUUAGUUGGGGCUGUAAAAUAAGGAACUUAUUCAUCGCUAAGCCUUGCGUGUUAGAAAACAACAAAAGGAAAGUUAACACUUUAAGUAGCAAGCAUGUACAUAGACCUUGAUAAAACCUCUUUUCUUUUAUACUUAUUUUGUACUUAUUUGUUACUCUUUUUACAACUUAAACUUACGGAUGUAUUAUUAUAUCUUUAUGGCAUGGAGCCCUAACUUUGGUAAUAUCUACUAAUUUACAGGACCUUGACUACAAUUUUUUGUUUUACAUAUUACGAAACGGUGCAAUUUUUUCCUAAUGUUUAUGUCUUUUUUUAGUUUCAAAAAUUUAAAACAGGUGAAAAGAUAACAGGUGAAAUUUUCGGCUUCUCUAUGAUUACUAAGAUAAGUAGUGAAUCAAAUAUCAAACGCUUUGAUGCUUAACGCACUGUUAUACCACUACUUAAGCCAUUAACUUUUCAUUUAGCUAGGAAAUUGCAGUUUACAUCACUUGGUGAGCGAAGCUUGCGCGACUGAUGUAAAGCAAGGCAUAUAAAGCAAAUAAUUUUACUGUAUUGUACUAGAACCUGAGUACCAUGAAUGUUGAUAUUAAUAUAAACUUCAUGCACGUCCUUUUGUUAUCCACUUGUCUCUAAAACCAAUUCUUUAUCUUUUCUAGUACUUUUAAAACAUCAAUGAAUGCAGUUGCUUGGUUUAAAUUCAUAUCAUUGCUGCUAAUUGAUCUUACUGCGUUAUGUGGGAACUUGAUCAUGUUGGCGGUUGCAACUCGAAAUACAAGCUUGCGAAAAUUUCAAAACGCCUUCAUUUUCAACAUGGCGUUUGCUGAUCUCCUUGACGCUGUGUUUAUUAUGCCAUCUGCUUUGAUAAAUAUAUGGCAUGGUGGUUGGGUUUACGCUGAAACAACGUGCGACAUUUUCGCUGUUAUGAAAGUUACUGUAACGCUUGUGUCUGUUUACUCUUUAUCUGGAAUAAGCUUGCAGAGAUAUUUUUACAUUGUGAAAAGCACAAAAAAAUUGAACAGUUAUAGCAGUGCUACGAUUGGAAUUGCAACGGUUUGGAUCCUCUCUAUAUUCCUCUCAGUAACGCCUUUUUUAAAUUGGGGAAUAUUUGGGUUUGAGGAUGGGAAGGAGGUAUGUACCGUACUGUUUCAUUUGACACCUUCUCACACUUUAACAGUCUUUAUGACUGGCUUGGUGUUAAACGCGAUGAUCAUGCUAUUUUGUUAUGGAAUGAUAUUUCAAACGCUUUUGAGAAGUCAAAGAAGAACUCGUUCGAAAAAGUAUCGCAAAUGUGGAGAUUCGCUGAAGCCUAAUGAACUUGUAACUAAUAAUAACACAAACUAUCUUCCCGAGAAAUUACGAGUAGAACAAACCAACGAUAAUCCCGCUAAUACAGUGCUCUAUGAGCUCAAGGUUCAUAAUAUUUCUACAGAAAGCAUUAAAAGUAACACACCAAGAGAGCUGCCAUUGAAAUACAGCAUUUACAAAACUCUAUCCAGUGCCAGAGAGCAACGUUUAUUAAAAACAAUAGCCGUAGUGAUAGUUGUUUUUCUUUGUUGUUGGACACCGUAUGUUGUAUUCAAUCUAGUGAGAGCAUAUCACAAAAUUGAGGACAUCAAUUCAGUGGAUACAAUUACAAUGUGGUUAGGCUUCGCAAACAGUGCAGCCAAUCCGUUGAUCUACGGUUUGUUAAAUAAGCAAUUUAAAACAGCAAUGAAAAAUGUCGUGCGUUGUAAACAUUCAAAAUAAAUUAUCUUAAACUCGACUCAAUACGUAUGAAUAUGUUACAUAUGAACUUGGUAAAAACUUGAUUCGUGGUUGGUUAGAACUUGAUUCGUGAUUGGUUAGAACUUGAUUCGUGAUUGGUUAGAACUUGAUUUGUGAUUCGUCACAACAGACAAUAAUCUCCAGUUUUGCCCGCUACCAUAGCAAUUGUUUAAAGUCUAAAUAUUGAAACAUGAAACAUAAGACAUGGGGAAAAUUAAUAUUUUACAUUUUAAAAAAUAUAUAUUUUAAACAGUUAAACAGUAGUAUUACAGUUUUGUAAAGAAAAGAAAAGAAAAUAAUUAAA